AUGUGGGAGGUUGUCUGGACAGACCCCGAUAGGGAGUCUAGGAAAGAGCAUCGCGACCGCAAGGCCACCGAGCGAGAGCAAAAGGAAAAGUCUCGCGCAGCUAGAAGCUCCAUGUCCACCCGCAGCUCAUCGUCCUCCGACAACAAGCCGUUCAGUUUCUUCGGAUCCAGGAGUCUUAAGAAGACGUUUACCCCGUCCACCAAAUCAUCGGCUCUAAAGGCGCCAAGCAUCGACAGCACGCGCAGAGGCUCGCUGCUGUCUGCAGUCUCGGAGCCGCCCCCGUCGGAGCUACCCUGCAGCCCAGUCACAACGGUUGCCACGGCGGAUCGCACUUAUAUACCCGACCAUUUCAUCGAGGACUCGCAGAGCUCUCCGAGCUCCAACAGAGAGCCCUCGUUGGCGGUCCCGUGUUCGCCAUGCACCGCGUCCGUGGCCGAGUCGUCGGCCGCCAAAGCCUCCCACUACGUGCAGACCCUUGGGCCCACGUCGUUCAUCACCAAAAGCACCGAGGUGACCAUCCUCCCCCGGACCACCGAGAACGAGUUAGCCGGCAUGGUCUCCCAUGUCACCAUAACGGCAGAGCCUGUCAAAGAGGAGCCGCCGACGCCGCCGCGGUCUCCAGCCAUACACCCCGUCAACCUCUUUCCGGGACAGCCCACGCCGAGGCAAUCCCUCCGCCGUGUGCCAUCGUGGACUACCUCCUUCAAGCCCAACAACCCAGACGCCUGGAAACCACCCGACGCCUGGGACUGCUCUCCUGCCGAGGUGCGGACGCCCAUGAUGGACGACGUCAUUGAGGAAACGCCAGAGCUCGAAACCGGACUCUCCCUGUCGAUGGACCUUAACGGGAUGCAGCGCGAGGUGAGGCGGAUGGCCGCCGCCAGCUCCAGCAUACGUCUGCUGCGGUUGAAGGAGGUCUGGGGCGACACGAACGACGCCAGUCUUUACAAGGAGCUGGAGAUGGAAAAGAAGCGGUGGAUGCUUUCGUCCCUGCACAACAUGGACAAACCAAUGGACACGGACCAGACGCGAAACGCCCCCAACAAGAUCACGCCGGCCAAGGCAAGAAAGGUUCUUGCUCUCUAUGAGACGCAAGCAACCACUUCGUACCUGGCAGCUGUCCACUUCAACAAGCAGGUCUACCACCUCUCGUCAUCUCCUCUGUCCCACACCCUGUUCCCCAACAUUCAUCCGGUCCUUGCCCCGGCCAUCUCUCCGUCGGCCUUUCCCGUUGCCUCGUCGCUCUUUGGCGCGGUGUACUCUCUCGGCCUCCCGGCGCUGCUCCCCUCGCCCGAGGUGCCCGGUCUCUUGAAGAACGUCCACCGCUGCCUUGCCCAGGGAGGCACGUUCCACCUCACACUCAUUGACCCCCUCCCCGUCACAAGCACUCUGGGCCCACGCAUGCGCUCCUGGAUCGAAGACAACCUCAUCUUCAACCUGGAAAAAAACUUUCGCUGCAUGAACCCGAGCAAGCUGUUCCCUCUCUGGCUGGCAGACGCUUCCCUCCGUGCUGAAGGCAGUACCAUCACCACCGUGAAGUUCUUCGCCAUCCCGCCCACCGACAAGCCGGACACGGCGACGACCGACUCUGAGCAGCUCGCGGAGAGAGCCAUCAAGCAGGAGCUCCGCAGCCUGGUCGGACGCAUGCUCUGGAAAGAGGUGUGGGGACAGUUCAUCACGGCCGACAGGUGGUGGUGGGAGCACCCCGACAUUGCGGAGGAGUGCGACCAGCUCAAGACCUCGUGGGAGUACAGCAUCAUCGAGGCAGUCAAGGAUGCGUGA